AUGGCGACGCUCGCUCCGUCUCCUCCAGCGUCGCCGAAUCUGCGCAAACGACGGACGCGACGGUGGGCUCGGAAAAUCGAACGGUACUGCUGUGCGGCACUGGGAUACUUUCCUCUAGCGUUUGUCUAUGGCCUCACGACGUGGGCGGUGUAUGUUGAGGCUGGGAUUGGAUUGCGGCGGCCUACGAAGAGCUCGUGGCUGGGUUGUUUGAUCUACAAGAAAACUGACCACUGGCACAAUUCAGGCCUGCCAAGCUCGAUUGUGGGAAUCUCGCUCUAUCUCCUCCUCAAUGCCUCGUAUACGGUCGCCGUCUUUACCGAUCCCGGAUCCCCGCUCAAUACCACUAGAGGCAAGGGUCGAGGUCAAUACAGCCAUCUGCCGACGACGGAAUUACCCGAAUUCACGUCCUACACCGUCAACUCGUCCGGUGGCGCGAGAUACUGCAAGAAAUGCCAAUGUCCCAAGCCCGAUCGGACGCAUCACUGUUCGAGCUGCAAGCGAUGUGUCCUGAAGAUGGAUCAUCACUGCCCGUGGCUGGCCACGUGCGUCGGGCUGCGCAAUUACAAGGCCUUUCUACUCUUCUUGAUAUAUACUUCGUUCUUCUGCUGGGUCUGCUUUGUUACAGCGGCGUUGUGGAUCUGGGACGCGGUGUUGAACGACACGCAGUUGACGGACGCUAUACUACCGGUCAAUGUCGUCUUGCUCGCAGUUAUCGGAGGCAUCAUUGGGUUGGUGUUGACUGGGUUUACCGCGUGGCACAUCAGCCUUGCGGUUCGCGGCAUGACCACGAUCGAAUCCCUCGAGAAGACUCGCUAUCUCUCCCCGCUGCGAAAAGCGCUGGAACGGCACCGUUUCGAGACCCCUAUGAACAACGACAGCCACACGGGCGCGGCGUCCGGGGAUGACAGUUUUGGCCAUCGGCUUCAGGGCUAUGGACAGCAGAUCAUCGAAGCUCACGCCAAUGCUAUUCCGGGCGUGACGCGGGCCGAGGAAGGAGAAGAACGGCCUUCUCCGUUGGCGCGUAGUCCCGAGGCCCGUCCUCACCAGCAGCAACAGGACGUUCUCUCUUUUCUGCAGGAAUCGAAUACGGCCGGCACGCCGGCGCAACAGGCGUUGUAUCGCUCGUAUGAGGAGCUGGAGAGGCAGCGGGAACGAGAGCGAUACCAGGAAUACCUCGACUCACAGGACAACGAGAAGCUGCCGAAUGCGUUUGAUCUGGGGUGGCGGCGCAAUCUGCGGCACCUGUUCGGCGACAAUCCGCUCCUUUGGGCGCUUCCGGUCUGCACGACGAUCGGCGACGGGUGGUACUGGGAACCCAACCCAGCUUUCCUCGAAGCGCGCGAGAGGAUCCGUCAAAAACGGGAGCAGGAGUGGGCGGAGUGGAUGCAGCAACAGCGACAGCAGAGCUACGAGUACUGGAUGAGCGGGGUGGAAGAGCAGCAGCGAAGAAAUAGUAGCGGACCAGGAAGGCCGAUUGCAACGCAGCAUCUGCGCAUGGAUGCGGACCAAAGCUCCCAUGCAGAGUCAUAUGAACGGCCCAGCACGGGCGUCUCGAUGAAGACGCUGAGGCCGAUGUCUCCCCGACCCCGGUAUGGGGACAGCGACGACGAAGACGGCCACGACCACGACGGCUCCGCCUCACCGCGUUACGACACGAGCUCGGGCUCAGACGAGGAGCGCAGGAAGCACCCCAGCAGCGCCCGUAUCAUGAAAGCGGGCAGUAUGCGGGACUCGCGAAGCAAAGCCGACCGGGUUCUGGGCAUCCAUCGGGAGUACAAAGAUCAAGAAUCUCCUAGUACAGGCACACCAGAUGAAUGGCGUGACUGGGAUUGA